AAGGAAAUCACUUUUCACUCAAAAUUUCAUCAUCCUCCUCAAUCGUUGGAGAUCUUUGAGCGAACACAGCAUCUCAGCAAUUGAAGAUGUAAGAGCGUCAAUUCAAAGGACUGCUAAAGCAUCUGAAGCCUGCAACACCUGGAACGAUUAAUGAACUAAGUAGCAAUCAUCUCAACUACAAGUAGAGAGUACUAGACGUCCCUCCCUGCCUGAGCUGCCUCUCAGGAAAAGAUGAAACCCAAAGCCAGUCCUAAGAAGCUGAGAAUUAGAUUAGAGCACACGGAGUAGGGAAGGCAACAAAACAAAAACAGCCUGUUGCUAAACGAGGCCUAAAGAGAGUAGGCAAAAUCAGGCUCUUGUCGACAGCACCAACGAGCAGGACAUCACUAGAUAUUACCAAAACCAAACGAGAAAGGAUUUCCAAAUUACCUGCGGGGUAGACAUGGAUCAUCCUCAUCUGCCAAUUUACAAACUUAAGGCAGCAAGUUCAAGGAACGGAGGGAGUACGAAGAAUGGAACAGAGUAUCGAGUGGACUACACUUAAGGCUGGGCUGUCUCUCCCUCUCUCCAACUCAUUUAAGAGAAUCUCUCUUACAACGGACCUCACCAUGUCUGAAAGUGAAGAAGAUGUUGAUCUUCCCCGGUUCUUCAAGGUCUUCCUCUCAGAAACUGCUUCUGUAUCAAUGGCGAUUCCAAUGUCUUUUAAUGAGCAUCUUGAAGACCCACUGCCGCAAACAGCUAAGCUCCAAGGCAUUGGAGGUGGCGUUUGGACUGUGAGCUUCAAGAAAAUACGUGACUGUGCGUAUUUCACUUCAGGGUGGUCAAAGUUUGCAGAGGACCAUGAACUCAAGGACGGGGAGUUCUUGACCUUUGUCUACGACGGUUCUCACACUUUUGAAGUUAGUGUCUUUGGUCGUUCUGGUUGUAAGGAGAUAAGAGCUGAGGUCGAGACGGUGGAACUCUCUGAUGCUAAUUCUGACAAAGAAGAAGAAGAAGAUUCUUCAGUGGUUGCUGAUUCAAAUGAGGAAGAAGAUGAAGGCGAUGAUGAUUCUUCAUUCAUUGCUGGUGAAGAUGAUGAAGUCAGCCAGAGUCUCUCCCAUGUUGACAGUGAUGACACUGUAUCUAACGCUGAAGUUGUUGCAGGGUUUUCAAAUUUGGAGGUAGAGUCUAAUCCAUGCUUUACUACCACCCUCAAGAACAGGAUCUAUGAGCUGUUGAUUCCUGCAAAUGUGGUGAAAGAACAUGGGCUUACGUUUUGUGACCGCAUCAAGUACAUUGAUGGAGAAGGGAUCAUGCAUGGGGCUAAAGGGAAAUGGUCUGAUGAUAGGAUCUGCUUCAAAGGAUGGGACAGGAUUUGUAGAAGGAACAGGCUUAAAGAGCGUGAUACUGUCCACUGUGAGAUGCUUCACAUCAGGAAGAAAGUUCACACAAUCAAGAUCACAGUCACUCGUGGACGUGGUUGAAUCACUCUUCAUGAUCAUCACCAUCACCAUCACCGCACCCUUCAUCCAUCACUCAUCAUCACCACUAUCACAAUAACUAUCUAUGUCUUAGUAUGGCUUUUGUUUGUUUUAUCUUAGUACUACUUUCUUUAUCCCCGAGAAACCUUGUGAACUUAAUCAUGUUUCAUGUUGUAUUUUCAGUGCUUAUUAUGUAAUGCAUCUAUGACUUUUGAAGUA